AUGACUACAGGGGUAACCGCCCAUUUUGCUUUUGUCAAAGGUUCAAAGGAAUAUGUCCUCGUGUUUUUUUCUAAUGGUUCAUGUAGGUUGAAUGUCUAUCAAUCCCAAAAUUCAUGUUGGGCUUUUUAUUCUACUAAAGGAGAUCCAUUGCAGAUUGUGGACCUUGUGGUUUUUCAUAAUUCUAUAUAUGUUCUUACUAACAAGGCAAAGAUAGGGGUACUUAACCUGAAUUCUACAAGUAUAAAAUUUGUAGAGCUGAAGAACACUCCUUCGAUAACUUAUAAUGACUUUAGGUUGGUUAGUUGUGAUGGAAAUCUUUUAGUGGUCCUUUUUGUGCCCGGAGAAAUAUUGAACAUGUACAAGAUAGACUUCUCAACUAUGGAGUUUGUCAAACAGGACACAUUGGGUGAGCUAGCAUUAUUUUAUUCACCCUAUGCAAACUGUUAUGCAUUGAGCAACCCAAGAAGGUGGGGAUAUGAUAGCAACACUGUGUAUUCAAUUAUCUGCGCAUUUCCAGAAUAUAACGUGUAUUCAGGGAAUGGAAAACUGCAAAACCACAUUAGGCUUGAUCGUGGACUUCAAGUUCCUAAGAGAUCCAUACUUUACUGGGAGGAUUGGUAUUUGCCAAAUCUGCGGGAUGAGGUAGAUUAUUCUCUGGUCGAAUAA